CCAAAACUCUGAACCUGGAUCUGUUUCAUUUGGUGAAAAAGCUUGUGAAUUUUAUUUUAUUUUUCCAGUAAAUUGGGAAUCCGUCGUUUUGUAUAUGAAAGGGAGGGAAUUUUUGAUCAAUUUAUGCAAAGCAUGUAACGAUGGAAAAUCAACAGCAAAAUUACAUUCACAAAUUCUCAAAACUGGGUUUUCCCAUGACAGUUUCCUCGCCACAAAGCUCACCUCUUUGUACUCGAACUUUAGUUCCAUUGAACAAGUUCAAAAACUGUUCGAUGAAAUGCCUCAAAGAACCGUCUAUCUAUGGAAUUCAAUUCUUAGAGCUUAUUCUAAACAUAAGCAAUGGAAAAAGACUUGGGUUUUAUUCAAAAACAUGAUAUCCGAUGAAAAGGGGGAGGAAAAUGUGCCUGAUAAUUAUACUCUGUCUACAGUUUUAAAGGCUUGUGCAGAGCUGCAGUUGCUUAAACAUGGUGAAAUUUUGCAUGGUUUUUUGUGGAAACAUGAAAAGAUAAGAUUGGAUUUGUUCGUGGGUUCUGCUUUAAUUGAGUUUUACUCGAAAUGUGGUGAAAUGAGUGAUGCUUCCAAAGUUUUUAAUGAGUUUGAGAAACCUGAUGUUGUUUUGUGGACUUCAAUGGUGAGUGGAUAUGAGCAGAAUGGAUAUUUUGAGAAGGCUAUAGCUUUUUUCUCAAGAAUGGUAGUGGAGAAGGGUGUUGAUCCAGAUCGCGUAACACUUGUUAGUUUAGUUUCUGCCUGCGCAAAGUUGAUGAAUCUCAAGCUUGGCAGGAGUGUACAUGGUUUUGUUGUUAGGAGAGGGUUUGAAAGUGAAUUAUCUUUGGUUAACGCAUUGUUGAAUAUGUAUGCAAAGACAGGUAUUGUAAAAGUAGCAGAAAAUUUGUUCAGGAUGAUAGAAGUGAAAGAUGUUGUAACAUGGAGCUCAAUGAUUGGUUGCUAUUCUCGUAAUGGGGCCGCAGUUGAAUCAUUGAAUCUUUUCAAUGAAAUGAUCAACAAGGGAUGUCGACCUAAUGCAGUUACUGUUGUUAGUGCACUACAAGCCUGUGCGGUUGCUUGCAAUUUAGAUGAGGGUCGGAGGAUCCAUGAACUUGCAACUAAGAGAGGUUUUGAGCUAGAAGUCUCGGUUUCAACUGCUCUGAUCGAUAUGUACAUGAAAUGUUUGUCACCUGAUGAAGCAGUUAAUGUCUUUAGGAAAAUGCCUGGGAAAGACGUAGUCGCUUGGGUUGCUUUGUUAAGCGGGUAUGCUCUAAACGGGAUGGCUAAUAAAUCUAUUGGGAUCUUCAAAGAUAUGCUUUGUAGUGGAAUCCAACCUGAUGCUGUUUCUAUGGUAAAGAUUCUUGCUUCUUCUUCAGAGUUAGGUAUUCUUCACCAAGCCGAAUGCCUUCAUGGUUAUGUCACUAGCAGCGGCUUCGAUAAUAAUGCUUUCAUCGGGGCUUCUCUCAUAGAGUUGUACUCGAAAUGUGGUAGCUUGGAUUAUGCAAUUAAAGUGUUUGAAGGAAUCAUAGACAAGGAUGUUGUUCUAUGGAGUGCAAUGAUUGCUGGCUUCGGAAUCCACGGAAGAGGCGAAGAAGCAUUAAAGUUAUUUCACAGGAUGGUCAAGAGUUCAGCAGCUAGGCCGAACGAUGUAACAUUCGUCUCUAUUUUAUCUGCCUGUAGCCACGCAGGUUUACUUUUGCAGGGGAUUGAAAUAUUCCAUAUGAUGGUAAACGAUUAUGGACUGCAUCCUGGUUCAGAGCAUUAUGGCAUAGUUGUGGAUCUCCUUGGCCGUACUGGAGAGUUAGAAAAAGCCAUGGACAUUAUCAACCGAAUGCCAGUUCCAGUUGAGCCUCAUGUUUGGGGUGCCUUACUUGCUGCAUGUCGGAUUCAUCACAACGUUGAGAUAGGUGAAGUAGCAGCAAAGAAUCUCCUCUGUUUAGAUUCUAAUCAUGCAGGUUAUUAUAUUUUGUUAUCCAAUAUGUACGGUGUUGAUGGAAAAUGGGGUAAUUUGGCAAAAAUUAGAAGUUUAAUAAAGGAGAAGGGGUUAAAGAAGAUGAUUGGUCUAAGCAUGAUUGAGAUAAGAAACGAAGUUCAUAGCUUUGUUGCUGAUGAUAAACUUCAUCCUGAAUGUGAGAAGAUCUAUGAACUUGUAGGACAGUUGGAGGUAAUUUUGAAACUGCAACUACAACAUAUUUAAGGAGUUUCUUGAGCUCUAUCAAAUUUUAAGAUAACCCGAAUCAUAGUUCGUUCUGAUAUCGGCUUGAUCAGUAGCUCGAUCAGCAACGACAUUGUAAGAACAUGAAGUAACAUAAAUUGAUCUUCAGGCAUAUUGUUGUUGCAAGUGAAUUCUAGAUUUCACUGAAACUCAUCCACCAUCCGGAUUUCAGCUUGAUCGGUAGCUCACAAACAACAUUGUAAGAACAGGAAGAUAAAGAGAUCUUCCAGCCAUGGUAGCUUUUGUCCAAAGAACAGGAUGUAAAAAUUAGUAGCUUGUGGAGAUAUAAGUUACUAUCUUAAACAUUUGUUAACUUUACUGACGUGGUAUUGACAAGGAUUGCCACGUAGAUAACACCUAAGCAUUUAAUUAAUUUUUAUUUUUUUUAAUUUUUAAUAAUUUUAAUUUUUAAAAUAAUUUUAUA